AUGUAUUUUUAUGUAGUUAGAGAUGAAAAAAUUUGGUUCAAACCAAUUGCUGCACAUCCACAUGCAUCAUGGAAAUUAUUUAAUAAAAAUGGUUCUAUUGAUAAUGCAAAAAUUCCAUUAAUAUCUGUCAGUGCUGAUGGUGAUAAUAUCUUAGCUGUUGNUCAGGAUACACGAGGGGGACCCAAGGUACAGAAACCGUAA